UUCUCCCGGCCGCCAAAGGUAAAAACCCUAACCCUAGCUUCUGAUCUCCAACGAGUUCGAGCAAUGGAGGCGGCCAGGACCGUGAAGGACGUCUCUCCCCAUGACUUCGUCACUGCGUACUCCGCUCAUCUCAAGAGAUCGGGGAAGAUGGAACUCCCUCACUGGACGGAUAUUGUGAAAACUGGAAGGUUCAAGGAGCUUGCUCCUUAUGACCCUGACUGGUACUAUAUUAGAGCUGCUUCAAUGGCUAGAAAAAUCUACCUAAGGCAAGGUAUUGGGGUUGGCGGUUUUCAGAAAAUCUAUGGAGGUCGCAAGAGAAAUGGAAGCCGGCCUCCUCAUUUCUGCAAAAGCAGCGGUGCCAUUGCGCGCCACAUCUUGCAACAGUUGCAGGCAAUGAAUAUCAUUGAAGUUGAUCCAAGAGGUGGAAGGAUAAUCACUUCCCAGGGAAGGCGGGAUCUUGAUCAAGUUGCUGGUCGUAUUGUCGUUGCACCAUGAAAUUUGAAACUUUUGUUCGAGUCAAUUCCUCGAGAGAUAUGUGAGUUGAAGAGAGAGGCUUUUUGACAUUUGUGUUCUUUUUUACUCAUGUAGCUCUGAAAUUGAAAUCUAAUGCAGCCUUUUUUGUGAAAACAUGGUUUCUUAUAUGAUUUAGAACUUUGUUAUUGCUUGUUCCUCCAA